GAUGAAAGAAAUACAAAACAAACUGACAACAGCUACAAAAUCCACCAAUCCGAAUGUACAAAGAGGCUGUGAGCUGACAUCCCAAAGUGUGGGUAAACUUGCCAAGUUCUUGGAAGUUACAUUUGCUGAUGAUCCUGCCAUGUUACAGGUUGCAGCAAGGGAUUUUGCUUUCAGUUUGGCUCGGUGCUACAUGGCUUCCCUGCUGUUAGAGCAAGCUGCGUGGGAUGAAGCAAUGGCGCAUGAUGCCACCAUCGCCGUAAGGUGGUGUGAGCAGGAUUUAAUUCCAGCUGUGACGAACCACAGUUAUGGUUACUAUGACAAAAAGAAUAUCGCCAUGGAUACAAGCAUAGUGAUGGAUGGUUACACCAACAAACCACUGAGCAAAAUGUGAAAUAAAGUAUAUUGCGUACCAUAAUGCUU